AUGGAGAAUUUGGAAGAUCUGAAGAUUCUGGCGGAGCAGUGGUCUCAUCAAGGAAUUGAAUAUCUUCAGAAGAUACCACCGACUCAGCUCUAUGCCGCUCUUGGCCUUCUGUUGUUGACAACCAUGUUGCUCUUAUCCAUUCGCUUGUUCAGACGUACCAAAUCCAACACUGUACUGCUUUCUGGGCUGAGCGGAGGUGGAAAGACCGUGCUCUUUUAUCAACUUCGAGAUGGAUCAUCGCAUCAGGGCACUGUAACAUCAAUGGAACCGAAUGAAGGCACUUUCGUUCUUCACUCUGAAAAGGCUAAGAAAGGAAACAUCAAGCCUGUUCAUCUUGUUGAUGUUCCUGGGCACUCUCGGCUUCGACCCAAGCUUGAAGAAUUCUUGCCCCAAGCAGCUGCCAUUGUGUACCUAUACGACAUUCUGACCAAUGCCAACGUUGUCAAGAAGAAGAUACCAGUCCUCCUUUGCUGUAACAAGACAGAUAAACUCACUGCACACACCAAGGAGUUCAUCAGGAAGCAGAUGGAGAAGGAAAUUGAGAAACUGAGGGCUUCAAGGAGUGCAGUAUCUACAGCUGAUAUAGCCAAUGACUUCACCAUUGGAAUCGAAGGAGAAGCCUUCUCCUUCUCGCAUUGCUAUAACAAAGUCACUGUCGCUGAGGCAUCUGGACUCAAUGGAGAAACCGUUCAGAUCCAAGACUUCAUUCGAGAAUACAUCAAGCCCUGA